UAUCUUUCAUAUUAAUUAUUUCGAUUAUAUUUUGAGUAUUGUUGCUGUUGUUUACCGCCAGUCGAGAAGCCGUGUCAACUAUUUUCGUCUUUAACAGUCAGCUCAACUAGAUACGAAUGAUCAUCGUCGUCAGUCAGCUCAACUAGAUUCGAUUGAUCAUCGUCGUCAGUCAGUGAUCAGCUAAAAAUAAACAAUAACCGCUGGCACUGGUGACCAAAAAACAUGGAAACUGAUGAUGUUAUAACUUUCCAUCAGUGUGUUGUAUGCGAAAAAAGGUUUCAACAACUUGAUGACUUAGAAAAUCACAACAAAGUCCAUAUUAAAGAAGAGAAAACUGAUGAUGUUGAUGAAUAUUGUCAUGUUAAAGAAGAGAAAACUGAUGAUGUUGAUGAAUAUUGUCAUGUUAAAGAAGAGAAAACUGAAGAUAUUGAAACCACUUAUCGGUGUAAUUUGUGUGAUGAAAAAUUUGAAUUAGAAACUGACUUAAAGAAGCACAGUGAAAUUCACGUAAAAUCCGAAAACCCUGUCUUAAUACACGAUAAAAUAUGGGAAGCAAGUUGUAGCCACUAUAAUGAAACAGAUUUACAAAACCAAACAAGUUCUUCGGAAGAGACACAAAAAACGACAUUUACAGAGAAAUGUAGCCGCUAUAAUGAAACAGAUUUACAAAACCAAACAAAUUCUUCGGAAGAGACACAAAAACUAACAUUUUCAGAGAAGAGUAUGAUCUGUGGUUUGUGUGGUAAAUCGUUUAAUCUGAAAUCGAGUCUUCAGAGACACAUGAGAAUUCACACCGGGGAAAAGCCCUAUAAAUGUGAUGUUUGUGGGAAAUCAUUCAGAGACACGAGUAAUCUACAGCAACAUAUGAAAACCCACACGGGCGAGAAGCCUUAUAAGUGUGAUGUUUGUAGUAAAUCAUUCAUAAAAACCAGUCAUCUACAGAGUCACAUUAAAACACACACAGGCGAUAAACCUUAUAAAUGUGAUGUUUGUGGUAAAUCAUUCACUAGAUUAAGUAACCUCAAGGUACAUAUGAGAGCUCAUAUCGAAGAGGAUUCAUUUAAAUGUGAUGUUUGUGGUAAAUCAUUUACUUCCAAUGCUGAUUCUAAUAAACACAUGAGAACGCAUACAGGCGUAAAACCCUAUAAAUGUGAUGUUUGUGGUAAAUCAUUUAGUCAGAAUGGAAAUUUACAAAUACACAAGAAAUCGCAUACGGGUGAAAAACCUUACGAAUGUGGUGUUUGUAGUAAAUCAUUUACUCAGAACAGUAAUCUUAAAGUUCACAUGAGAAUUCAUACUGGGUGAAAACUUUAUAAGUGUGAUGUUUGUGGAUUUAAAACCUUACGAAUGUGGUGUUUGUAGUAAAUCAUUUACUCAGAACAGUAAUCUUAAAGUUCACAUGAGAAUUCAUACUGGGUGAAAACUUUAUAAAUGUGAUGUAGUAAAUUAUUUUCUGCCAUUAGUAAUCCACAGAGCCUUAAAGUAAUCUUAAAGUUCACAUGAGAAUUCAUACUAGGUGAAAACUUUAU